CACUCGCACCAGAGGGAAGCAUGGCAUCUACCUGCCGAAUGACUCGACUUGUCCAAAGCGAAGAAGAAUGACUGAGAGCUUCCGGUAGCGCUAGCGUUAGCUCGGCUGGGUUAGCAAUAUCAGUGUAUUUACAAGUCUAGCCGGUUUUCUAACAAUUGCCAUGAAUUAAUUAAGACCAUACAUUAAGACACCCCGCUUCGUUAGGCGCCUCGGGUAACGUUACACUGUACUUGUACAUGGUGUACGGAAUCUGUCAUUGAUCAGAAGACCCGUCUUUUAGCCAUGUAUGCCUCAGGCAAAUACAGUUCCCGGGGCCCUGCUCUUAUCCCGCGGAUGAAAACCAAGCACCGCAUAUAUUACAUCACACUCUUCUCCGUGGUGCUGCUUGGACUCAUCGCCACCGGGAUGUUUCAGUUCUGGCCCCACUCCAUCGAGUCGGCCGCUGACUGGACCAUUGAUAAACGCAGUGUUCACGACGCACCUCUGGUGCGCCUAUCGGUCUCCAGCCUGAUUCCGGAGAGGGGGGACCUCAGCUGUCGCAUGCACACCUGUUUUGACGUAUACAGAUGUGGCUACAAUCCUAAAAACAGAAUCAAGGUGUACAUCUACCCUCUGCAGAAGUUUGUGGAUGAAUUGGGGGUUCCCAUCAGCAGCACUGGACUGUCUCGAGAGUACAAUGACCUGCUGAGCGCCAUCUCCGAUAGUGACUUUUACACUGAUGACGUUACCAGGGCUUGUCUUUUCAUCCCAUCCAUUGAUGUCCUCAACCAGAACUCCCUGCGUAUCAGGGAGACUGCCCAGGCUCUGGCAAUGUUACCCAGAUGGGACAAAGGGAUGAAUCACCUACUUUUUAACAUGUUGCCCGGAGGCCCCCCGGACUACAAUACUGCUUUGGAUGUGCCCAGAGACAGAGUGCUGCUGGCUGGAGGUGGUUUCUCUACAUGGACAUACAGACAAGGUUAUGAUGUCAGCAUUCCAGUUUACAGCCCCCUCUCUGCAGAUGUUGAGCUACCUCAGCGACAACCGGGGCCACGGCGCUACUUCAUUCUAUCUUCUCAAACCGCUAUCCACCGAGAGUACCGCGCUGAACUGGAGCGCUUAAAGGAAGAAAAUGGAGAAGCACUUCUCCUCCUGGACAAGUGUAGCAACCUCUCUCAGGGGGCCGCCUCGGCACGAAAACGCUGCUUCAAGGGGCAGAUGUACGACUACCCACAGAUCCUGCAGGAGUCUUCGUUCUGUGUGGUUUUGCGGGGGGCACGUUUGGGACAGGCUGCCCUCAGUGAUGUGCUGCAAGCGGGCUGUGUUCCCGUCAUCCUGGCUGACUCUUACAUCCUGCCAUUCUCUGAAGUACUCGACUGGAAAAGGGCUUCGGUGGUUAUUCCAGAGGAGAAGCUAUCAGAGAUGUACACCAUCUUAAAGAGCAUUACUCACAGACAAGUUGAAGAGAUGCAAAGACAGGCACACUGGUUCUGGGAGGCCUACUUCAGCUCCAUGAAGGCUAUUGGCUUGACAACGCUCCAGAUAAUCAAUGACCGCAUCUAUCCCUAUGCUGCCCGGACUUAUGAGCAGUGGAACAAUCCACCCGUGGUGAAGUGGUCCAGUGUAAACAGCCCUCUGUUCUUGCCCCUCAUCCCACCAAGAGCACCUGGGUUCACUGCAGUGGUUCUGACCUACGAUCGCGUUGAGAGUCUUUUCCGGGUCAUCACAGAAAUCUCCAAGGUACCUAGUCUGGCUAAGCUGCUGGUGGUGUGGAAUAACCAGAACAAAAGUCCUCCUGAGGAGUCUCUUUGGCCGAAGAUCGGUGUUCCUCUCAAAGUAGUCCGAACAAAAGAGAACAAGCUGAGUAACCGCUUCUUCCCCUACGACGAGAUCGAGACAGAAGCUGUGCUAGCAAUCGAUGAUGACAUCAUCAUGCUGACAUCUGAUGAACUGCAGUUUGGCUACGAGGUAUGGAGGGAGUUCCCAGACAGGUUGGUGGGCUACCCAGGCCGGCUGCACCUUUGGGACCAUGAAAUGGGGAAGUGGAAGUAUGAAUCUGAGUGGACCAACGAAGUCUCCAUGGUUCUAACUGGAGCCGCCUUCUACCACAAGUACUUCAACUAUUUGUACACGUACAAAAUGCCUGGAGACAUCAAGAACUGGGUGGACGCUCACAUGAACUGUGAAGAUAUUGCCAUGAACUUCCUGGUGGCUAACAUCACGGGCAAAGCGCCCAUAAAGGUGACCCCCAGGAAGAAGUUCAAGUGCCCUGAGUGCACUGCCAUCGAUGGACUGUCCCUGGAUCAGACGCACAUGGUGGAGAGAUCCGAGUGCAUCAACAAGUUUGCGUCGGUUUUUGGUACGAUGCCUCUGAAGGUGGUGGAACACCGUGCGGACCCUGUGCUCUAUAAAGACGAUUUUCCGGAGAAGCUCAAGAGUUUUCCCAACAUCGGCAGCCUGUGACCAGCCUGUGACGUUUGUACCCCGACACACCCUCAACAUUAGUCACCAACCUUCUUUCAUAUCAACACAUCAAUAUUCAGACUAAAGUGGUACAUGCACUUCUCACCUGUCUAUUAAAGUGUCUUCCUCUUCUUUGAUUUUUUAGCUAUAAUUUGGAAGUCAGAAGGAGGUCACAACAAUAUGGUAAUGAUUAGAUGAGAAUCUGAAUGUGAAAGAUGCUCUCAAACAUUUAACAAUAUUCAUGUACACACUGAUGUUUCAUGAACUGCUAAUGCAGGGCCACCUUGAAUUGGUGUUUGAUGGACAGACUGACUGAUUGGAGGCUGGUGGGUUCUCACUGUUACUUUUUUUGGAGAUGGAAGCUUUGGGCUCCAAAUGCUCUGGAAUCAGUGUAUAUAUUUGUAUUUCGCAGAAGUGCUGUAUAAUAGUCAUAAUUUAUGAUGCUUCAAUCAGAAUUUUGUAUUUCUUUUCAAAAGACGACAAGGACCUGGUUUAGCUGUCCUGUAUACAAGUUAAAGAGGCCUAAUUUACAUGAUAUAUAUAUGCUUAGAUUCUACAUAUAUAAAUUAUCAAUCUAUUGGUUGAUUGAAUGUGAUAACAAACAGUAUGCAAACCAAGAUGAUGUACAGUAAAUGUUAGUGGCUGUUACCACAACUCAACAUUUUAGAAAGAUGAUCUAUGACUUUAAAGGUGCGAUGUUAAGCUACUGCAACGUUUCGGGUUUUCAUUUCAUACUGCCUAAGCAAGCGUUUUGUUCUACAUGCAUAAAAGAAAAGCAAUGGUGCUAUUUAAACCUGCUGCUCUGCUGCUCAUUUCAUGAGCGGAGUUGUGUAUGAACAUCGCGUAAGCAUGUGUGCUAUUUGUUUGCCAUACAUUUAAUGAAAUCUAUUGUAUAAAACUAGACGGUUCCUAAAUCCACACCUUUCCAUUAUUUCUGUGGUACGUGUGGGUAAAUAUUUUUGUCUUUAUCCAUAGUUGUCCUAAAUCCAAUCUUUAAGAUGUUAACCCUCCCAUGUUCCCAGUUUAUUUGCCUUUUUUUAUUAUUUUCACUGGUCACUGAAAUUGUUUUAAAUUUUUGGACUGCUUUUAUGUAUCGAAGUGUACAUGUUACUUUUUAAUACAAAAGUAAAGAUCA